CCUAGAGGAAAGGGGGUGGUGCGAGGCGCUGACUGCAGCUCCUGCAGAGGACAAGGGCCGGACGCCUCUCCUCCUGCGGCUCUGACAGAUAUUCCAAAAUGAGCGGCCUGGACGGGGGCAGCAAGCUCCCUCUCGCCGACCCCGCGACGCCGCCCGAGCAGGCCCCGGGAGACCUGGGGCUGACCCAGGGCCACGGGCUGUGCGAGGGAGCGGCUGCGGCACGGGCGAUGGCGGAGGCGGGAGAGGGCGGCCCGCAGGCCGCCGCGGAGGGGGCUGCGCCCCCGGGCUCCGAGGACCGCGGCCCUGCGCCCCUCCUCGUCGUCGCCGGGCCUCGCGGAGGUGCUGCGAGCGCCGCGGCUCGGGAAGAUGCUCGGCCCGGCUCCCAGGGCCCGGGCGCCGCCUACGCCUCGGCGGCCGCGGACAAUGGCCAGGAAAAUGGCUGUCAGCUCGUCGAGCCGGGCUGCCCGGCCGGGCCGAAGGCUCUGGAAGCCUGUGCUGCCGGGGGCUUGGGGUCUCAGGAAACGGCCGUGGCCGGGGCGAAGGCCAAAGAAAUGGCGACUAAGAGAUGCGCUGUCUCAGCGGCAGCCGAAAAGGGGGGAGAAGCCAGGGCGAUGAUGGAGGAGAAGAAGGGGGUACCCAAGGAGAAAAAGGCGGUUGGAGGAGCGAAGGAGGAGACGCGUUCCCGGGCCCCGAAGAUCAAUAACUGCAUGGACUCGCUAGAGGCCAUCGAUCAAGAGCUCUCCAACGUAAACGCCCAGGCUGACCGGGCCUUCCUCCAACUGGAACGUAAAUUUGGGCGGAUGCGAAGGCUCCAUAUGCAGCGCAGGAGUUUCAUUAUCCAAAACAUCCCAGGUUUCUGGGUCACCGCUUUCCGAAACCACCCCCAGCUGUCACCUAUGAUUAGCGGCCAAGAUGAAGACAUGAUGAGGUAUAUGAUCAAUCUGGAGGUGGAGGAACUUAAGCAUCCAAGAGCAGGCUGCAAAUUCAAGUUCAUCUUUCAGAGCAACCCCUACUUCCGAAAUGAGGGGCUCGUCAAGGAGUAUGAACGCAGAUCCUCAGGCCGCGUGGUCUCUCUCUCCACUCCCAUCCGCUGGCACCGAGGCCAAGACCCCCAAGCCCAUAUCCACAGGAACCGGGAAGGGAACACGAUCCCCAGUUUCUUCAACUGGUUCUCAGACCACAGCCUCCUGGAAUUCGACCGAAUAGCCGAAAUUAUCAAAGGGGAGCUGUGGUCCAAUCCUCUACAAUACUACCUGAUGGGUGAUGGGCCCCGAAGAGGUGUUCACGCCCCACCGAGGCAGGAGAGCCCCAGGUCCUUCAGAUUCCAGUCUGGCUAAGCGUUAAGAUCCUGCGGUGUAAGUUUCCUUACCAAUUCCUGUGGCGAGCCAGCAGCAUGCAGCCUUUCUGUCUGCUUUUUCUUCCUACUGGAUUUUUGUCCGUCUGUUCUUCUAAGUCUUCAGUAGUUUGAGACUGCUCCUUAUAGGUCUGUGCUGUUCUUCCUCUGGGCCUUCAUGCUGUUCUGAAUCCAGCUAACAUGUUCCAAGAGCAUGACCUUCUGCCUCCGCGCCAGGCUCAGGAUGCUGUAGAUACGCGCUGCCUUCCUUUGCAUGGCUUAGUUCCUGUCUAUGACUAUAGUCUAUAAUCUAGCUUUUUUUUUUUUUUUUCUAAAAUGGUUCUGUACCACAAGGAAACUUGACACAUCCUUACAAAUAACUAGGUAGGCUUCAGUUUAUGCUGGCUGUGUUCCUGGUAUUCAUGUACUAUGACAGACUCUGAGUUUCAUCACUGCAAUAUGAAGCUGUAUUUCAUCCCAGCCAUCAACGUACACUGGAUCCUGCAGGCUGUCACCAACUGGAUGCUGGCGCCUUCUUGGGCAUUCUGCUUGUUAUCUGGUACAACAAGCAGGUAGCUGCUGUGUGACUACUGGGCAUGAAUGAAGUAACAGACAAGGAGUGUUUUAUGUUACUACAUUGGACUUGUAUCUUUGGUUAUAGUACAUCGUGAUCAGCACCUUGUGAUGGUGAGUAUGAAGGCCUGUUCUACUGCUCAUCCAUACUUGUUCUCCUGGCUGAGCUCUGUACAGGCCACCCCUUUUUCUCAAGUACUGUGAAUAAGAUCUAAGCUCCUACGUAGUCCACAGAACGCCCUCUCCCAUGAUUAACCUUAAACUCAGUUUGACUAUUAUAUGUGGCAGUGCCCUAAGCAAAACUGGAAUGGGUCUCUUCCAGCACUUAAUCCGUUUUGGGCCUUGAAGAAACUACCUGUAAUCCAGGCAACUUUGUUAGAUAACUUUCCUUGUCCCCCUUCACUUGGAUCAAGUCAAAGUUGCCGAGGUGGGGGCACUGAGGAGGAAUUUCUCUUGUAAUGUAGGGCUUGUUAGGCCUCUCCCACCCUCUCUUAUUUUCCCUCCCUUCCUUUCUGGUAGAAGCAGUUUAUAGCUAAGACAAAGAACACAAAACUGAAAGAGCAGGCUUUUUAUUUACUCUUCUCCUGGCUGUGUCCAGAGAUAAACAGACACUGUAACACUCCAGAUCUCUUGUUGCCCUCACUUCUCCAUACCAAGCUCUGAAAGUUUCAAGGGGAGACCUAUAGAUUAGUUGCUUCAUUUUGGAUAGCGUCUUUUCGACUAACUUGGACAUCUCUACCCAGUUUUUCCUAUACAUUCUACCAGAAGCUGUUUCUUGAGCUUUAGUUUGAGAAUCUGGGAGAAAGGGCUCAAUGUUCAGGAGUUUAAGUGACCAACAAAAGUCACUUAGUUCCGUAUUUCUCAAGAUGUCAUUCCUUUCUUGUGGCCUUGUACUACAGAAAUGACCCCAAAACAGCAUUGUGUAGGUCACCCUUGUCCUAUUAUUACUGCCCACAGAUUCCACAGGGCUGCAUCCUGUUGUCUGGCCUUGACCCUCACUUGUCAGCAUUUGCAUUUUUUGGCCUGCUUCCAACCUAACAAGUGAGGAAGCAAGUGGCAGUGUGAACUGCGGGAGAUCCUAAGACUUCUAUGGGGUAAGAGGAUGUGUGGAAGCUAUGUGGAUUUUAGGACAAGUUAGAGUAGGUAUAUCAGCAGUAUUGUCAGGACUCUUAGCUGCAAGGGUGUAAGGUUGUGGUAACAACCAGGAGCCCUCACCCUUUCCCCUUGUGAAUUGAGGGCCUUGCCCUAAACUCUCUGAGGGCUAAGGAGGGCUGGGCACCAUCAGAGGAGAGGGUGCUGUAGGCUUGGAAUUUAGAGGACAGAAGGGAAAGUGAGCCUGCCGUAGAAUGCUUUGCUAGGCCUGCAGUGGAGACUGAAACCCUGCAGGAGCAGGGUGGGAGGGAGAGGCCUGAGGCACUUCCCGAGCACGGGUGGGUAGCUCUAAGGGGAUGGGAUUUAAAAGGGAUGCUUGGAGGAGGAUUUGCCUUCAAGUUUUCCCAACCCCCUGGAUUCACCAGAUUUUUGUAAACAAAUGCAAGUCUGGAUGUUUUCUCUGUGAUCUAAGAGUGACCUUUAUAUAUGUGGGAAAUCAAUGGUAUAUGCUUAUUUCAAUGUGUAAAUUAUUACUUCCCAUUCUCCAUUUCAGCCUACUGGUAAAACUGAUGUCUACAAGUCUGCUUUUUUGCUUAUAACUGAGAACAUGUGCAAAAAUCUUGUUUCUGUCCUGUGCAGUAUGAAGAGUUGUGUGCUUCACUAGUAGAUUAGCUUGUCCUAGUGCCUGUUCAUGCAUAGCUGUAUUCUUAGAUACAAUUCCGAUAAUGUGAUCUUUGAAGUCUGAAGAUUUUGCAAAAUGUUAUGUCUUGUAAAAAGUAACUUCAAAAUGAACAAUGUAGCUUGUCUUGAUAUUUUGUGCCCUAGUAAUAGUGUUCUUGACAUAUUACUAACCAAUGUAUUAGAACUGCUGUCAAACUAAACGAGGAUCAUUAUACUUUUGUCUUUUCCUAUGUGCUUGAAGGAAAAAAAUGUUACUAAUGUUGAUUGUUUCCACCAAAAAAUAAAAAUGAAUAAAAAAUUCUGCAUUAUCUAGGUCAAUAAAAUGUUGAGAAAUUA